AUGUGUGCGAUGAGGAGGUCUGCUUCAGCCUCCAAAGAACCCCUAGGCCGUGAGGUUACUCUUCCCCCUCACUUCGCGACGAUUUAUCUCGAUGAUGAUGGCAAGCUUAGGACGUACGCAUCUCUGUCUGUUAACCCCGACGAUGUGUUUACUUCGGAAGUUCGCCAGAAUUUUCUCGGCAGUAUAGGCGAACACAACGAAAAUCACCAGGCCGAGAACCGUGAUGGAAUCCUCAUUGGAACAGUCCAAUUCAGAAUUGGAGACAGCCGAAAGGUUAUGGACUACUAUGAGGGCGCCCUCGAAAAACUUCAGCAGCCCAACUGCCGCGUUAUCGUGAGGGCAUUUGUCAAAUUCAUCGAGCCGCACAAACAACGCGAACACCAAUACAAUGGAGGCACCACCCGUGACCCCGAAAAGACUAAGCCCGGAUGGUGGCCCCGCACUGUACCUCAUAGGGAACCUUACUACCUAAAGGAGCGAGACCGCAUCAAAUUGCUACUUUACAUUAUUUGCGAGCUCGGUGAGCAUGGGAUUACUGCCGACAAGCUGACGGAAGUUGCUCAAUCUACCAGCAAGAAGUUGAAACCCAAAGACAGCGCCGAGAUAAUCUAUGAGAUUCUUCGAGUUCGAAAGUUAGAGGAACAAUAUGAGCGCGGUGAAGUUGAUAAUAAAACGCCCGUCCGCGUCAUAUACUGA